UUAGAUGUUCCUCCACCUCUAUUGCAUCGCUAUUUUGUCACCUCUAAUUUCUGUAAAAUUGUGAUUUUUAACGUUUUUGAUUAAAAUAAACGCAAAAUGAGUGCCGCCGCUGCCGCAGCGGGAAUUCAGAGCACCGCGGGCGCCAUUCCCAUGCGAAAUGAGAAGGGCGAAUUGUCCAUGCAAAAGGUGAAGGUGCAGCGGUAUAUAUCCGGAAAGCGACCUGAUUACGCCCGCGCGGACUCCAGUUCGGAGGAGAGCGACGACGAUGACUUCAUUGACACCAGGAAGCGCUUGGAGCGCCACAAGUCGGAGCGCCACAAAAUGGAGCUAUCCCGCAGAGGAGGCAGCGUGGAGGGGACAGCAGGUGAUGCCCAGGAGGAGGAUGAAGCGGAGGUGGACGAUCCCCGCCUGCGGAGACUGCGCCAAAGGCCCUCGGACAUGGAGGACAUGGAAAAGGAGCGAAGGGAGCGCCAUCGACACAUACACGAACCCGAAAUCAUGGACAACGACUCCGAGGACGAGGAGCUGGACGAAGAGCCGGCACAGGGCACGGGCACCCUUGAGCGGGGCACCAACAAGAUCACCCUGGCCUCCGAAUCGGACACAGAUGCAGAGCUCAGCGACACGGAGCUGGAGAACCGGCGCACCAAACUCAGAUCCCGGAUGCUGCAGCAACAGCGCGAAGAGGAAGUGCUCCAGAAGGAGGAUGAAAAGCAGUCGGAGUCGUCCGAAUCCGAGAGUUCCGAGUACGAGGAGGAGACGGAAAGCGAGGAGGACAAUGAACCCCGCCUGAAGCCACUCUUCGUGCGCAAAAGAGAUAGGGCCACCAUUCAGGAGAAGGAGCGCGAGGCCCAAAAGCAAAAGCAGCUGGAGGCGGAGGCCAAGCGGGCGGCCAAGGAGCGGCGAAGAGCCACCCUGAGGAUGGUCGAAGAAAGCGUCAAAAAAGACCUGGAGAAGACCAAACCCGAGAGCAAUGAGGCCUGCAUCGAGGAUGUGUGCACGGACGAUGAGAACGAUGAGGUGGAGUACGAGGCCUGGAAGCUGCGAGAGCUCAAAAGGAUGAAGCGGGAUCGUGAGGAAAGGGAUAACAAUGAACGUGAAAAACUAGACAUCGAUCGCAUGCGCAACAUGACCGAGGAGGAGCGACGGCAGGAGCUGCGCCAGAAUCCCAAACUGGUCACCAACAAGGCCACCAAGGGCAAGUACAAGUUCCUGCAGAAGUACUACCAUCGCGGCGCCUUCUACCUGGACGAGGAGAACGAUGUGCUGAAGCGCGACUUCGCGCAGGCCACGCUGGAGGAUCACUUCGACAAGACCAUCCUGCCCAAGGUGAUGCAGGUGAAGAACUUCGGCCGCUGCGGCCGCACCAAGUACACGCAUUUAGUGGAUCAGGACACCACCAAGUUCGACUCGCCCUGGUACGCCGAAUCCUCCAGCAACAUCAAGUUCCACAACGAACGCGGCGGCGGCAUGAGGCAGCAGUUCGACAAGCCCACGGGCUCGAAGCGAAAGAAGAUGGAGUAGUUUUUAGAUAGGAUGUUUAUUAGACAGGCCAUACAAAGGCAAAAUCAUUUGUACAACUAAAUUAGCAUGGCCACAAUUAAGUUAGCCCCACAACAUGAGAAAACAAUUAAAUAUCAAACGAAAACCUA